AGGAUUUGCCAAGAGAAAAAACUUUUACUUAAAAGAUCACUGAGAGCUCCUUGGUCACAAAAAUUGAGAUGAAAAACCUAUGCUUUGGAGGUAUUACUAUAGGAGAUCGCAUGUGAGAGGUUGAAAUAGCAAUGGUUGGGUGAUUCAUCAGGUGGCUAUUGGAUGGUCUUGACAAGGUAUUACCCAGCAUAUUUGCCUCUCUAGUCGUAUGUUGUAGUCCGGUCAUUGAAACCAAAGAACUGAGUAGAAUAACAGUCAAUUCCAUGACGUGUAGACGGACAUCUUAUGCGGGCGUGGAAGACGACCACUUCAAAAACAGCAUUAUUACUCCAAACCAAUUCCAGCUGAACGUUUGUAAUCUUGGAUAAAAUUGAUUUCAUUCUAAUAUCUAGUUCUCCUGAGAGCCUUAACGUAAUGCUAACAACUGAAGUAUUUUGUACGAGGAUCCGCUUUCAAUUACUCUACCCUUGGUUAGAUCCUUGGCUAGACGAGGUUUAGCUUCUUUCUGGUGUAUAAAUUACAACGUGAAGUGGUGCUUUCUUGAUUUCAAUGGGCAAACCUGUGGUUAUUCACGCGAGUGAAUAAACAUUAAACAUGCCGAGCAAGAGAGCUGAAAUUUAUUUGACUCUGUAACAAACAAACACAAUCCAAAUAGAAACCCUGUCCACAUAUUACAAAGUACAAUAUGUAUAUAGGCACAUAUUACCUUAUUGACCCGCAUACAUUUGAUUAUCACUAUCAAGCAGGGGUUUUCUCUAACAUGCGCACCACAAAUCAUGAUCAAAGUAAAAAGCAGGCCAGAAAAUGAUCGUCAUAACACCAUCGACAAAUCUACCGUCCCAUCCACGUCAAGCAGUUCUUCUUGUGAAUGAGAUCCUAGUUUUCCCAUGACUGUUUACAUACGUUACUGGAGGCUUGAAAGUUAGAAUGCAGGACAAAUAUGCAUUGCGUGGUGAUUUUCGUUAGUUUAAUUGACAUUUGUGUAAGCCUGAGUGUUCAAUCCCACAUCAACGAAUGGUGUUCCAAAUUCUUGACUCUCCAAAGCUUUUCCUCGUGUGAACCAAAACCAGAUUUUCCGUGCAAUAAAAUAUUUGGCCGGACCAUUGUUCCUGGUUUAAACAUUUCUGAUUUUCAACCUUAUGGAAAAUCUGUUGACGGACAUUGGCAGCAAAUUGUCAACCCAGACAUCAAUCCUCUGGCAUGUUUUAAGGGAACGUGUUCCAAAAAUAUUCGUUUCAUAGUAGGGGCCUUUGAUUCCAAAGGUCUGCAAAAGCCUGUGGAGGUCACUUUCCACGAUGGAUCCAAAAUUUUGGCCAACUUUAUCGAUUCUAUUGUCCAUGGUUUGUCCGUAGAGUUUGAUCCAUCCGGACAUCAGACCCGGAUUGGGUUUUACCACAAUGGCCAAGAAUCAUUUCCAUUUUGGCAUUUUAGCCCAUCCACCAAUUCAGCUGUUCUCUAUUGGAACCCUGAAAAGGCUUUAUAUCUCGUAAACGACGAAUGCUUCGCCGUCAAUUUGAUAUCCAACCGCAUUUUGUCCGGACACCGAUGUCUCGCAUCCGAAUUUGUGACGGAAAACGAGUUCCUCUUACCCAAAACAGUGGAUUUGAAUUCGUCCCUCAUUCCAGAGUUUCAAGCUCCGGAUUACCUGACCUCGGUGUCCGAUUUUGUCAUGGCACAAUCCACGUGGUUGAGCCUGAUGAGUCACCCAUCAAUCCAUGGUCAGUCCAUAUUCCAGGAUCCAAGCAAGUCUGUUCUUGACAUAGUUGACCCAGUUGCGAUUCCCAAAACAUUUGAUGACGGGACAACAACCAAAUGUAAUGCGAUCGUUACUGCCCAUCUGCUUUUGCCGGGAUCCUUGCACGAGACCCCAAUGGUGUGUGCAUUGGGAUCUGGCAGCAAGUGGAUUGGAAAUCUUCUGGAGUGGAGCACGGGCAUUCAAGGAUAUGUUGAUGCUGUUGCCGUUUUAAGCCCCCGAUACAAACGAGGAGCCGGACUCUUCGUGAAGACACAUCAUCAGGUCCUUCAACACGUUUCCGAGGCCAGGAAACGAGAGAGUUUAUCAUGGAGGAUGCGCCACAUCCAAAAUUACCACGGGCGUGGCAUUCUUCUAAUCCGGAGUCCGUAUAAAACUAUUUUAUCACAUUGGAAACAUCGUCAUGCUGGAGACGAGGUCAGUUCCAUGAAUGAUGUCGAGCUCGUCGCUGGAUUGAGAACAAAAGAGUUCCACGAGUUUGCCAAAAUGGAGUUAAAGAUCUGGAUGGAUAUCGCCCUGGAUUGGUUGGCCGUGGUUCCCGAGCUUUUUGUGAUCCAUUAUGAGAACUUCUUAGAGGAUAAAAUGAAGGAAAUCCGAAAGGUUCUGGAUUUCUUCAAUCUUCCACAUGAUAGGGCAAGACUCAAAUGUGUUGCAUCUCAUCAAUCGUCGAAAUUCAAAAGACAGCACCAAAACCAAAUUCCCAAAGAUGUAUUCACCACAGAAUUGUUGAGCCUUUUCGAUGAUGCCAUUGAAAAAGUGAACAAAUUCAUUCUGAGUCGGGAUCUGGAACCACUUCCUGUUUCUAAAUAUGACUUUACAAACCUUAUUUAAAUCUUAUUUCGAAGAGCUGAUUAAAUUUGACAUGAAAAGAACAUCCGAAGAGUUACCUUCAUGUGUCCAUGAGUCAUGGUGACAACGUUGAUGUUUUGCCUCUAAAUUUCAUUCUCCCAACAAGGACAUGGAGAUAGGGCCAGAAUGACUCACUAGCUUUCCCUUCAUUCAUGAACGAGUGGUUCAACAGUCUAUGAAGGGUUCUUUGGCAGUCUGGAAUCGAUCUUCACCAUGCCUUCAAGGUCUAGUAAUCAAAGAGUCAGGUCGGCAAAUGGUGGUUGCAAGGAUAUCAAUAAGAAGGACAUUGAUAGCAGUCAGUGCUUCAUCCACGUGUUGUUCCAAAACAAUUUGGAGCACGUUUUGGAACAGAUCCUGUUACACUUGCCUAUCAAAGACAUUUUGAAUUGUCGACUCUUGAGUCAGGAAUGGCGCCUGUUUAUGAAGGCAAGCUUCAGUGCCAGACGAAUUUGUCGACAACUGAUCCGACCCAAGGCCAUGGAACUAUUGGACCAUCAAUGGCUCAAUGACGAUCCAACAGUUAUAAACGCCUUCAUUCUCAGCGAAACGGAAUCAAAGUUCCGCAAAGUCUCUCUGACCGGUAGUAAAGACCACGUGGCCAUGGGCUUUGGUUCGGGAGCUAUCCGGAUUUGGCAUCGACGUUAUGGCAGGAGCAAGCUGAUAUUUCCAUGGCCUAAACCCCUGAAAAGAUAUCAUUUUUUAGCCCCGAGCCCUCACCUAAUCUUGAUCGAUCAUUUCUUAAUCGCAUUUUAUCACCAUCUAUCUGUUGGCUAUGUGUACGAUUGUCACCUGGAUGGAGAGCACAUACAAAGCAUUGAUAUCGCGGGUAAAUGUAUUGUGAAGGCGUUCAAGCUAAAUGAAUCUACAUUUGCCCUGGCCACUAGAACAGCCGUUGAAACAUACGCCAUUGAAGACCAUAGAGUGGCAUCUCGGACCUUAAUCCCUGCCCCAAAUGGACGACUUGAUUCGGUGUCUGGCGACCGCAACUUGAUCUUUAUCGGAAAUGCGAAGAACAAGUGGAUCCAUGUGCAUGAUGCUAAUUCAGGAGAGCUUCUUCUAAGGAAGUCCACGGAGGGUAGUCCCAAUCUCAUUGAAUUUCAUUAUCCAUUUCUGGCUGUGAGCGAUCAGAUGCCCGUCUUGAGCUACAGGGAUUGUCCCAAGUGUGUGGCAUUGUACCAUAUUGACGACCUGGAAACGAAUAUUUGGUUCAGUCAAGAUAACGCAGCCAGCCGCAAUUGGCGAUCCUAUCAACACUUGAUCAUACCCCAAUCUUGGAACAUAGUGGAUAUACGCCUCAACUCUAGAAUAAUGGUUUUGGUAACCGGAUCUAAUAACACCGACGUCACAGGUCCCAUUCACAGGGAAAUCAGGUUCCAUGUCAUUCCUGUCCCGCCCUACUUUGAGAAAUUUAGGAUACGGGCAGCGAUUCAAACCUUGAAAGGUCGAGGACGCCGCAUGCGGAACCCUGUUCUCUUACUUGCACCAGACACUCUGAUUUUGGAAGUUCAACGGGAUCGUUUGGAAGAGUGGAAUUUUUGGAUCACCAACGAGGCAAAAUUGAACAUGCGCACCCAAAAAUGUCAGCGAAUGAGAGAGAAGCAAAAAGAACGGUGUCUUGAAGACUUGAAAUACUGGAUGAGAUGCAAGACUCAGAAUUGCUUUUGAGUUUAGAAUGAUCCGGCUCUUUGGUGAGGAAAGUGUUCUCGAGCAAUCACUUUGCUCCUGAAUGAUGCCAUACUAUAAAAUAUCGCAGAGCUUGGAGAAGAAAAUUAGAGGUAUUGCUAAAGGAAGUCUCGCUUACCGAAGCAUCUGCCACAAGACAUACAUGCAUUUUUUAAAAAUAAUCAAUGUCUUUUCACAUUCUGUCACCAAUUAUGCGCCAUCUCAAUAUUGUUUAUGGUAGAAAACAGUGAUGCAAAUAAAAUUUCAAUUCAAGAACUGAAGUAUUGCAGAGUGG